AAAUUCGGCUGUGAUCUACGAAUCGCCGAUAGAAAUUGUGACGAUACAAAACGGCAUUCUAGUUACAAUCAUGAACAAGAUACAUCGUCUCGAGAGAACGUUGUCACAUUUGCGAUCUUUCAACGUGUUCAGAGUGAAUUCUGCGAGAUAUUUCAGUUCGGAGAAAAAUUCAGAGGGAGAAAGUAACGACUCGCCGAUCCUGGAGUCCGCCGUCGACAAAGAAACGCAAGCAGAGAAAAUAGAUACAGAAACGGAGUCUGAGAAAAAAUUGAGCGGCUUUGCACAAAGUUAUGAAAAGUUCUCGCACAUUGAUGAUAAAAUUCCUGAGAUGCCCAAAACAUUCGUUUCCCUGAUUCGCAACUCUAAAUUUGUCGAUCUGGGAGAUCCUGAAGGAAAAUUAGUAAUCGGUGAGAUCUUUCAUGUGGUCGAUGAUGAUCUGUAUAUCGAUUUUGGAUGGAAGUUUCACUGCGUUUGUCGGAAACCUGUCAAGAAUGGACAAUAUUACGUGAGAGGAUCAAAAGUUAGAUUAAGGAUAAAGGACUUGGAAUUGUCGAGCAGAUUCUUAGGAGCAACCACAGAUGUAACUCUUCUAGAAGCUGACUGUGUUUUAGUAGGUUUAAUAUCGUCACCAUUACAAAUGGCAGAACAGAAAACAAGGAUCAGUAAGCCAAAAACACAAUCUCUCUACUCUACGAACGCAACCAAUCGAAGCGCUGCGAUUGGUGGACGCAUGUCACGUGGGACCGGAAAAUAGGGAUAGAAAUCGCUCGCGAGAGGCCAGUCUCGUGGUCACGUCACAGUCACGUCACAGUCGUCGUUUCGAUAAGACGUGAAGGUGUUCCUUUUUGAUUUUUUUUUCGUUUCUUUUGACAUCGUCAUUUCGCGCGUUUUCCUUUCACUCGCGUCUUUGGCAAACGAGGAAGAUUCACGAGUGGUGAUGGAUGACGAGUUGUACGGUAAUAUAUCCUGUGACAGUUCUCUUGUGUCGCGUGAAUACGCGUGAAUCGUGUUUUGUCACACGGCCCCUGCUCUGCCGUGUUUUACACCGCCAAA